AUGCCCAAAUCCAAAAAAGAUCAAUCCAAAACCUCCUCCCAGCCAUCUCAAUCCCAUCAAUCCAAACCAAACUGGCCCCUCCUCCGUCCCCUCAUCCCCCCCUCCUCCCUCUACCUGGAUCCCACCCUCCCGGACCAAAUCUACACCAUCCGCAACUUCCUCACCGCCACCCUGUGCAAGAACUACGUUUCCUUCCUCGCGUCUCUCCCGCUGAUCACCACGCCCGGGAAGCCGAAAAAGGGCGACGCUGUGCGCGUCAAUGAUCGGUUUCAGAUCGAGGAUGCCACCUUUGCGGAGAUGUUGUGGUCGUCGACGGCGUUGAGGGAGUUGGUUACGCAGGGCGAGGAGGGAGAUGUUUGGGGCGGGGAGCCAGUUGGGUUGAAUUCGAAUAUUAGGGUGUAUCGGUAUUCGAAGGGGCAGUUUUUUGCGAAGCAUUAUGAUGAUUCCAAUGCUUUGACUUUUAAACCGCCUCAGUCAAACCCCAUGCCAGCAAGGACGACUUGGACUCUUCUCAUCUAUCUCACUACCUGCGGCGGCGGAGAAACCGUCUUCUAUCAAGAUCCUACCCGGGAGAACCGGAAUCCAGAGCCCAUCUCUGUAGCCCCAGAGAUAGGCAUGGCCCUACUGCAUCGGCAUGGAGAGAGGUGUUUGAUGCAUGAAGGAAUGGAAGUGACCGAGGGAGAGAAAUGGGUGCUGAGGAGUGACUUGGUGGUUAAACGGUAG